AUGGUUCUGGAGAUCAAAGGCUUUCAGGUGUUGCCUCUAGCCCUUCCCAAGUCGAAGGAGGAUGGUGUGCACUACAUGUACUUCAAGAAACACGAACAGAAGGGAGGACAAUCCGGUAAUCGAUCAAUUUUCUUAGUCAAUGUUCCUAUUGAAACCAAUACUUCGGUAGUGAAACGGUAUCUUCAGGAAGUUGCUAUUGGAGCCACGCUUGAGUCGUACGUUCCAAGCUUGCUCACAGACAGUCCAGAAGACAUUCAUAUCGACUUGACCAGUUUAACAUCUGAUCUUAAAGUGUCGGGUAAAGACGAACAAUACGAAGUAUCCAGUAAAUUACCUAAAAAUUGUGGUAUUAUAACAUUUAUUGAUAAACCAGCAUUCCAAAUAGCAUUCAAUUCUUUAAAAAAGUUGGCAUCGGACUCUAAAGUUUCAAAAUGGCCAUUACCAGCUCUUGGGUCCAGUCACUUUUUAUCUAAUUUACAAGCACAAUUACUCGAACCUUCUAAAUUAUCAAAAGAUGUUGCCAGUGCCUUGGUUGAAUUCAACCGGGCAGAAAAGGAGUCGGCGGAAAGCUUACAACAACAAACCGAACUAGUGGAUGAAGACGGUUUUACUUUGGUUGUUGGUUCUCAUAGAAAGACUAAGGCCGGUAUAAUGGGUAAACAAAAACUUGCAUCCACUACCGAAUUAGAAAAGGCCCAAUCGAAACUGAAAAAGAAGGAAAAACAAGAUUUCUACAGAUACCAAUUGAGACAACGUAAAAAGGAAGAAAUGAAUGAUUUAUUAUCCAAAUUUAGAUUGGAUCAAGAACGGGUUAAACAAAUGAAAGAAAAGAAACGCUUCAAACCCUAUUAG